AUGCCCGCUCGCCCUCAUGGGUCCCUAACCCCCACCCCACCCCCAGGUACACGUGCAGGCGCGCGAGCGAGCUCCUCUCCGCCCGCCCCCGCCCCCGGUCGGAUGGGAUUGUCGAAGCAGGAACAUACACGCGUGCACACAUACACACGUGUUACUCUCUGCCCACCGUGAGUAUUUUGGCUUGCUUCUUUUAAAUUUUGCCUCUUGUUUCCAGUUGAAACCCAAGGCGGGUGUCCCUUUAAGAUGGGAUGGGGCGCGAACACCGAGGAUGAGCUUUUUUAAAAAAAGGGGGGGGGGGUUGGGAGAGAGAGAGAGAGAGAGAGAGAGAGAGAGAGAGAGAGAGAGACACGCUUUAAACGCGUUCAUUCUGUCGGAGCCGUAGUCAGGCUUCGUCUGAAACGGGGAGAAGGACGGGUCGUGUCUGCGCGCCUCUGUUGCGCUACAGGCGAGCGAUAGAAAGCGGCGUUCGUAGCUUAGAUAGCAAUCGAUGCUUUCAUGACGCCUCGGCUGACAUUUGCUAUAAUCCACACCCGCAGUUACGGUUUUGAUCACUUUUGAAAAGAAAAGAAUAGAAUAGAAUAGAAUAGAGGAACAGGCUUGAUAGAUGGGCUUCUGGAUUCGAGGGGUCUCUCUGCCUCUCGCCUCCAGGACUACGCUUCACCCGCAGAACUGUCUAUCUCUCCCUGAUCUUGUCGCCUUUUGAUCCUGGGGGAAUUUGCUGAGGGGCGCUCCCUGGGUGAAGGGUUAGGUAGCUUCGGACUAUCUCCCUCCGGGAUCGCAUUUACGACUAGCUUGGGGCCUGCCCGUCUCGUUCCUUCGCCUCACCCAAUACAGUAUAUUUAUUUUCCUUUGGUUUUAUUUAUUUAUUUAUUUAUUUCAAUAGUCUUUGGGAUCAGAAGUGCCACCUUCUCGCCUCUCUCCCCCCCCCCCCUCGCAUUUGUUUGAUAAGCGCAUCCGAAAAGCAAACUGUGAAAUCCCACUGUCUGAAACGGCCAGACUUUGUGUGUUUAAGAGGAGGAAGGACGUGGGGUGGAGGAAGGAAAGAGAGGCGGACAGAGGGUUGGAAGACGAGAAAGGGUUUUGUUCCAUGUGCAUUGUCGCCGCCGUCAGUUUGUAUCCAAGUAACGUUUACUCAAAGUAAACCCAUUGGAUUGAACAGGGCUAAAUUAUCCAUGUCCCUUUGUGGGUCUACUCUGAGUAAGACUAGCAUAGAUUCAACAUAAUAAUGAUAAUUUUAGUCUUCCUCCAAGAGCGGUUGAGCGACAUACUGGCGCGGAAUGAGUUACUUUUCAUCCCGGCUCAGUUCCCCUGUAUGUAUAUGUGUGUGCUGGGUGUGUGUGUGUGGCAGUUUAUUCUUAUUUCACUUACUGCAUUUGUAUCCCUCCGCUUUCCUCCAGAGAGCUCCAGAUCAUACCUAGUUCUUCUCCCUUUCCUCAUUUAAUCCCCACCACAACCCCGUGAGGUAGGUUAGGCUGAGAGAGGAAGUGACUAGCCCAGGGUCACGGUUCAGCGGGGAUUUGAACCCUUGUCUCUCAGGUCCGCCACUCUAACCACUACAUCACUUCUGGCUCUCCCUGAAAGUUAGGGGGCGCUCGGAUUUUUGAAUGGUGGGUGGAUGAGCUUUGGGCUGAAAGGAGGGGUUGGGGGCUCCGACCGGAAGCGCAAAGGACAGUGGUCCCCCUGUGUGGUUUUUUGUGGGGAAGGGACCCAGACCUCCUGGAGAUCUCUACCCCACCGCCUACUUCCUCUAGUUUUCUGCGGUUCUUUCUCUCUCUGUGUCUCUGCCGGGCUAUAUCUUUGGGAGCCGGUCGGACGAGCCUGAAAGCUGGCAGUUCACAGGAAGGCGUUUUUGGUUAGGGGAAAAGGCGGAAGGGACACGGGCGAGAGGCUUCGGUCGCGCGUGCUGCCAGGGGCGCCGUGCGGAUGCACUUCGGCUUCCUCGGGUUGGGGUGCUAAAAGUUAAACGCCAGCCUAUGGGGCUCGGGAGAUGGCGUUUUAGUUGUAGAGGGGCGUUUGUGCAGUGUGUGACAUCCGGGGCAGACCUCGGAAGCACAGCCAAUGCACAUUUAAAGGACCUGAACCGUCCCCUCCCCAUCAUGGGAACUGUAGUUUGCAAAGGGUGUCAAGAAGUGUCGCUCUGCGAGAGAGAAACUACAGUUCCCAAUAUCCUUUGGGGGAAGCAGUGUGCUUUAAAAUGUGCGUUGGGUGUACCUUAAAUGCCCGGCGUGGAUCUGCCUUAUACGUUCACUAGCGCACGUGGGAGAGGUGCAAAAAAAUCGCUGAGAAUAUAGGCAGUUGAUCAGUGGAAUAGAGACAGAGAGCCGCUGUGUGAUUGUGGACUUUCCUUCUUUAGAGGUUUUUAAGCAGAGGUUGGAUGGCCGUCUGUCAUGGAUUCUUUAGUUGUGAUUCCUGCAUUGCAGGGGGUUGGACAAGAUGACCCCGCAGGUUCCCUUCCAACUCUACAAUUCCUAGGAUUAAUAAGCUAGAACCACCAGCUAGGAUCUGGGGGGGGGGGGUGUCCAUCGGAGUUCAAACCUCCAGCGGGCCACGAAGCUUAGCUGCGUGUGUCGGGGGCCAGUCGCUUUCUCUCAAGUAACCUAUUGCGCAGGGUUGUUUUGAGGAUGAAAAUGAGAAGAGAGGGAGAUCCACACGCGCCGCCUUGAGCUCCUUGGAGAGUAAAGGCGGGGUGCAAAUGUGACGAAUAAAUACAACUGACGAGAAAGGGGGAAUGGGAAGCGGGAGGAAGAACAAGGAAACGAAGGAAGAAAAAGAGGAGGGGUCCCAAAGCUGAAAGUCUAUGGACAUGAGGAAAGGGCGAUUGUUGGAACACCUGCUUUGCUGAGGAAGAUGCCAGGUUCAAACUCCGCACCUCCAGGUACAGCCGGGAGAGACCCCUGCCUGAAAACCUGGAGGGCCGCUGCCGGUCACUCUAGACAAUACUAAGCUAAAUGGACCAAAGUCUCUAACUCCGGAUAAGGUAGCUUCCCGUGAUAGGGGAAGCGCCGUAUUCGUGGUAGAGCAUCUGCUUUGCGUGCAGAAGACCCCAGAUUCCAUCCCCCAGUUAGGGCUGGUAGAGACCCAUGCCUGAAAUCCUGAAGGGGGCCGCUGCCAGCGCAGACAACAGUGAACCUGUCCCAGUAUAAGGCGCUUUUCUAAGAGUGGGGGAGGUACAGAUAGACGUGAUCACCCGUGGGGAAGCUUUCGUGGAUGCGCCCAAAAUUUAAUAGAGGACAGGGUUGUAAAAUACUUUUGGAUUAGCGAUUGGUUAUAUAUUAUUUACCUUUACCUGACUAUGUUUUCCUACUUGUAGAUGAGUAGGAAUAGCUCCUCUUAGCAGAUGGAGGAGAAAGUGGCAGCAGAACCGGCUGCGUUAAGGGGAAAGUACACGCGUUUGUGGGUCAUUGUCGGUGUGGGCGUAUGAAUGACAGCCUGUGCUUGCGAAACACACACACACACACACACACACACACACGGCAUAUUUAUUGUGUGGGAAAGGUGAUCUAAGAAUUCCGCCCAGGGAAUAGUGAUGGUUAAAAAGGGUCAAUGGAAUUUGUGGAUCGAAGCGGCCUGAUCUUUCUAUAACCCCCUCCCGCUCACAGUUCCUGGGAGAGGGAAGAAAGAUAAAAGGGAUUGUGUUGUUUUUGGGAGACAGGCAAGCCGUUUGGGAGGGAGGAAGGAGAGGCCGGCUUUGGCCACCGUAAUCAUGUAAGCAAGAUAGGAGCGGAACAUCUAACGCGAUUAGCUCCUCCAACAUGGCUUUUUUGUGUUUCUCAAGGAGCACAUGUCUAAGAGCCCUUGGCGCCAGUUGGGGGUGAAAUCCUCGCAGCGUCCAGUACCACUUUGCAUUCCCCCAAAAUAUCUCCCCUUCCCUCUGGGGCCGGGUCCCCGUGGAAAGAGCACAGGAAAGCGGGUGGCGUAUGGGGAGAGAGAGAGAAUGUAUACUUUUCAAGGGAAGAGUCACGGGAGCAGGACGGAAAGAUUUAGCCAGACACGCGUUUUCACUAUCCUCAAAAGAUGGGGAGGCUCGCAGCGAGUGUUUCGGAGCUCCAUGCAGUCCUGCCCUAUAGGGACGUGUUUACUGAGAGGUAAGCUCCACUGACUUCAGUGGGGCUAACUUUCCAGGGGAGUUGUGUCCGGGGAUGCAGUUUUAGUCUCAGUUGCCUGCAGCUCGUUGUGGAGAAAGACGUGCAGGGGGAGAGGCGGGCAGGAAGGGAAGGGCCGGAGUGAGCGUGAGAGAGGCUUCCUCACGGCUUCUGUUAGAAACUGGUCCAAAACUUUGUUCUUCUCCACCUUCUGGAUAGAGUCCCACAAAGGAGUGGGUGGGUUAAUAGCAGUGCGUACAAUCCUCCCUCCCUCCCAGCUCCUGAUGGGCUCUGAGCUGGUUGAGGCCUUCUCAGAGAACAGGGAAAACUCAGGAUUCUCCCUCCCGUCCCCUUCCCGUGAAACCAGAAGGAAGGUUCUGGGAGACUUCUCGGUUCUCCUUAGCUCACAGGACAACAAGGUUCCAACAGACAUCUGGGCAUCCGAAGUCCCCUCCUUCCCUCUCUCUUUAACAUUUGCAACUGAGGAGCUUUUAGUCCAUCCCAUCCCAUCCUAGGAAAGUUCUUAAAGGAUGAGCAAAUCAGUAUACACGCCAUACAUUUAAGCCACAUACACAGAUGGACAGAAUCCGGGGAACUAUAGUUUGCUCAGGGUGCCAGGGUGGUGUAAACUACAGUUCCCACAAUUCUUAGGUGGAGGGUAUGUGCUUUAAAUGCAUGAUGUGUACCAGGGUGUUUUCCAUAUGCUCUCCUCCUUCCAUACAGCCUACUUCCUCAGCAAAUUAUAAUACACUUCAGUAUUCACUUCUAAGCUGAGCCAUCGCACAUGCAAAAGAAUAUUUAGAAUCCUGAUGUCCCUCACAUUCCUUAUUGUCACGGGUACUUUAAUUGUGAUUCCUGUAUCACAGGGGGUUGGACUAGAUGGCCCUUGGGGUCCCUACCAUCUCUAAGAAGCCAGUCAUUCUGUAUGGAAAUUCUCCCUACUUUCCAAAUGAUAACAAUAGGAAUCUCUCUCUCUCUGUCUCUCAGUAGUUCCUUUCAGGUUUUAUCCUCACAGCAAUCCUGUGAGACAGGUUAGGCAGAGUCCAUAAAUGUCUGAUCCAAGGCAGAUGACAAGGGUGCUGAAGAUGGCUGAGGAGGGAUUCCAAACAGGCCAACCUCUUCUCCUAAAGUUGUUCACUCAGAAAUAAGUCCCACGUAGUUCUUUGGGCCCCAGGAAACGUGUUCUGGGUUGCAACCCUUCCCAAAGUGUAUAGGAAGUCAAUAUCAAUAGAAUACUGUAAUAGAGUUGCAGAGUUGUAAGGGACCCCAUGAGUCAUCUAGUCCAACCCCCUGCAGUGCAGGAAUCUCAGAUGAAGCGUCCAUGACAGACGGACAUCCAAUCUCUGCUUUAAAACCUCCAAUACUGUAGUGGGAUUCGUUUCUGUUUCAAAGUGCUUGAGGGUUAUAGCGCUAUGCCCCCUUAACUGGAAGCAAACUUCCAGAGCGGGUAAGCCCAGUUAGAUCUGUCCUGCAAAAGCAAGCAAACAAAACAAAAAGCAAGUUUCUUGUAUCACCUUAAGCAGGAAGUCCUUCUGGCAUAACUUUUUAUUACGAUACCUUAAAGGAGUCCACUUCAUCAGAAAGUUGGGACAUCACAAAUGUUGUUGGCCACUAAUCCUAACCCGAUUUACUUGAGGGAAAAGCUACACUGAAUUCAAUGGGACUUACUUCUAAGUAGGCCGUAGGAGGUGCCACAACGGCCUCCCUCGGAAAGCAACACUAUCAAACCAGAAUGGACUUACUUUAAUGAAAAGAAACAUGCAUAGGAUUUGCUGAAGGGUGUGUGUGCGAUUGUUGGCUCCACAUUGGAAUUACCAGAAGGGUGAUCAUGUCUGAUUUCCUCCUGCUUCCAGUUUUGGAAUGAUGAUUUGGGGGGGGGGGGAGGUGACUGGAAUAAAACUCUCGAGGCAUAGACCAACAGGUUCCUACCCUCUAAUUUCCUCCGCACGCCCACAUCGCGACGUUACCCUUUGCGGCCCUCUAGAAUGUUUACGGAUUACGCCGCCUGCGAAAUCGCCCGCGCUCCCCUCCUAAUGGUGUGCAAACUUCCGACGAUUCCGAGUGACCUCCCAGACUAAGCCCCCUGGAGACUCGUAUUCUGGAGGGAGGCUGCACUAAUCUGAGGAUCAAAAGCGGGAAGGUGCGAACGCUCUUUGUGUCUCCUCGGCAGCCUCAUUCCACCCGCCCCCCUAGCCCCACUGCCCCGCCUGCGUGUGAUAAAUCUACACUGGCGCCGACUGCGCGCUGGAUGAUUAAUUUGCAAGCAAACCUAACCAGCCCGCCGACCCAAGUCACCCUAUGGCCAGCCCAGCCAUCUUAGUUAAAUAUUGGCCAAAAGAGCUCGGUGGUGCACGUUUUAGCCGCGCUUUUUCUCCCCCUUAGACUGCAGGAAAGUCUCGAGGACAAACUAAAUCAACACAACUAAAAGAGGAGAAAGAGACCAGAAGGAAGGGGCGGCGGGGAAGGCAUCGGAUGGCGGAGGGAAGAAGAUAACGCGGACUUUCUUCUCUGGAGUCUCUGACCAACCAUCUUAGGCUCCAUCUCGCCUCAUCCAGGGGAGGCUAAAGCCUUUGCUCUGGUUCUCUAACCAAAGUGGCUGAGGGAUGAGGGAGGGAGGCAGAUACAGCUCAGCCUUUAAACUCAAGGGCGAGGGAGUGGGAGAGGGUAGGACGCCUGAGGUAUCGAUAAGGAGGCAUCUGCCUGGCGUCGAUCCAGCUGUCUACACUCAUUGCUAUCGAACCUAUGUUGAUUUUCCUAACCAGAGCUGGAAGGGGCGUUCCUAUUCUGUGUUCUCUACACCUUAUUGGGGGACAGCGGUAGGGUUAAGGUGCUGCUGACCGCCCCUCCGCCCCCCGUGUCCCCGCGCGCUUCUGUGAAGGAAGAUCUGCCCUUCAUGGACCACCUCCUCAGGAGCAGGGCAAGGUCAAGCGCUUCCUAAGAGGUGGCCUGUCAGAGUUUGUGGCAUAUCCAGGGGUUCGGAGAAACGCGUAGCCCUUUCUCCAAACUCUAAGGAUAGGGCUGGCGGGUGUUCUCGCCCGUUGGGUACCUGUCGCAGUCAAGAGAUAAGGAACACUUUCGACGAAGCUGUCGGACUACAGAUCCCAACAUUCCCGACUGCUCUCCUACCCAUAGGUGCCCAAUUCUUGGGGCCCUGGGUGCCCGAGCACCCACAAAAUUCCCCAUGAAGGGGCCGGGCACCCACAAAUUUCGGUGCCAGGGCCAUGCACGCUGCAUGGCACCCACGGCCCCGGGCACCCACGGACGCGGGGCCAAGCUAACACUCCUGCUCCUGGCUGCCUGGGAAUGAUGGUAGUCGGAGAUCCCCGAUGUCUGGAGGAACCACGAAUUCCCCCCGUUUCUGGUCUACAGGCUUCCAAAUUAUUACAUUCAUUUUCCUCCAAGGAGCUCAAGGUGGCCCGCGCAGUUCUCUCCCCUUCCUCAUUUUAUCCUCACAACAACCCUACGAGGUGGGUCAGACUGAGAGAGCGGGACUGGCCCAAGGUCACCCUGUCUGAGCGAGGAUUCGAAGUCUGGUCUCCCAAGGUCCUAGACGGACACUCUAAUCAUCACGCCACGGAGAUACAGGAGCUUCAGCCUUGGCUCACUGUCCCAAGAGUUCAAAGAGACCCGCAUCACCCACCCUCCGCCACUCUUUAUCAGCUCAGUAACGGUGUUACUAAGUAGGUUUUGCCAAAAGGUGUGUGUGUGGGGGGGAGAGUUGGCCAACGUCACCCAGUGAGCUCUAGAACAGACUUGCAAGUCUCUGUGGUCCAAAUCUAACGCGCUAACUUCGAUAAAUUCAAUGGCAGGUUGCAAUUAAGCAAGCCUCGCGGUUUGUUUGCUUUUAAAAGACACGACUAUUAUCUAGGAUAUUUUUUGAAAUAUUCUCCCCCAAAUGGCAAAUUAUGAAUGGACAAACACCUGAUUGCCACCCAGGACACUACACCGUUUCAUUCUUCGGUUUUCGUUUGUCAACGCGGGAUUAAACUGAGGCUACUGUACACACUAUGCACUGAAAGUGUAUCCGAAGUGCACCCUCUCCCGCAAAGAAUUUUGGGCACUGCAGAGUUUCAGUUCCCAGCAAGACCUUAUAAAUUAGCCCUGAAUUACAAAUUAGCCCUGAAUGAGGGGAAUGUGCUUUAAUGGUCGUAGCGUGUACGCAGCCUCGGGUCGGUCGUGUUCCAGCGCUUGAAAAAUCAUAGCUAACCAUACUGUACUUAUUUAUAUAUCUGGGCCUUUCCUCCAGGGAGCUCAAGGUUCUCCCUUGCUUACCCCUCCCAAUUUUAAUCUCACAACAACUUUGUGAAGCAGGUUAGGCUAGCCCAAAGUCACCGGGUGAGCUUCAGAGCUGAAACUGGGAUUCAGGUCUCCUCAGUCCUAAACCCUGAACCUCUAAUUCAACAGUAGCCAAGGCGAUGCCUUUUAGAUAUUGCUGAAUCACCACUCCUAUCCCCUCUGACCAUUGGUCCUGCUGGCUGGGGCUGAUGAGUAUUGGAGUCAAACUGCGGCUGGAUGGCACCGUUGGCUAGCCCUGCUCUAACUACUACACCUCACUGCCUUUCCUCUCAACGCGGAUCUCCGUCUCCUCCUGUGCCUUGUGGCGUCCGCUCUAACUCUGAUCCGCGAAUAUUUGGGCCGCUUGAAAAGCGUCGCCUUCUUUUAUUUUGCCCAGGAGGAAGGUCUUUCUCAUUAUUCUCCUAUUGCAGUGAAACCACGUAGGAGGAGAUUCAGCUACCGGAUUCCAGAUUUAAAACUAUUUAGGCAACAACGCUAUUUAAAAACAGGAAUACUUCAAAAAAUCGCUUCGUAGGGAGUGAUCUUAGGAGUAUCAUUCCCUCUCUUAAAAAUAGAAUACCCGCUGAAUACGUUCCUCUCUCAACAAGGGUUUUAAAGUGGGGCUCUUCCCCCUGCCUGUAUCAGUCCUGGAGCUAUUUUUAACCGAUUUUUGAAAUAUAUGUGGAGUCGCUUUUAAAUGUCUUUAGUGUGUGCGGGUGUGUAUGUGGAAUUGUGUAAGUGAUAUUUGCAUUUAUAUAUUCACCUUUCCUGCAAGGACCUCAAGGCGGCCUACGCAGGUCCCGCAACCUUCAUUUUAUCCUUGCAACAACUCUGUGAGACAGAUUAGGCUGAGAGUCUGCAACCGGCCCAAGGUCACCCGGUGAUCUUCACGGCGGUGUGUGUGUGUGUGUGUGUGUGUGUGUGUGAGUGUGUGUGUGUGUGUGUGUGUGUGUGUGAGAGAGAGAGAGAGAGAGAGAGAGAGAGAGAGAGAGAAUUCGAACUCUGGUCUACCAGCUCCUAGCCCACCACUCUAACCACCACACCACCCUGUCACCCGCCCCCGGGGUGACUUUCAGGGGAAAGGGAGAUCUGAGGCUUGUCUCAAAUGCUAGUAACCGCUCAGGGUUACACCCAUGGGUACUAAGGGACGCGACUUAAGUUGGGUCCGAUUUACUGAAAGGCGCGCGGCUUUUCCAAAGGGAGCCUAAUGCGGAGUCAGACCUUGUUGUCUAGGCGGCUAGUUUGGAGCUUUCUAGAGCCUUCCCCAACCACCGCCAGGAAAGAAAAGAAGAAGAAAAAACAUGCAGCAGGCGGUGUUUAUCAUCAAUGCACUGCCCGCGGUGGGGAGAGGGUGAAAUUGAUGUCGGCGUCCCUUUCGCCCUAAAUAUGCGGCGAGCCGCGCGUGAGGUCCGGCAAUCAGGCAAUUACACGCUCCUUCCCGACUUAAACUUUCACCCCCGUUUGGAGGGCUGCGACAGAAGUCGGCUUCGGGGGUAGGAGAGGAGGCGUUCCUAAGUGCCCUCCCGCGUUGACAUAUAAGCGGCAUCCUCAGCCUUUUGUGGAAGCUCUGAAAGACUUUUUCAGCUGCUCAUUAAGGAAAGUUAUUUUUUUUUUUGCGGGGGCGGGGGUGUGGAGAGUUAGUUAAUCACCUCUUGGGACUGCAUAAACUCCUUACACUUCGCGGGGAAGGCGAGAGGCCAGGAGCGCAAACGCAUUGUCUUUCGCUCCUCCCGCCCCCUUUCGCGCUGCCACUAGCUUUGAAAGGAAGGUAGAAAGGUCUCCAGCACCCUCGGGCCUCGGGACCUCGGGCUUUGUUGUGGGUCUCGCGUUUUGCAAGGGGGAGAAUGGGUCGCUUGACUUCUGGGCAGGCAGAGGUCAGGUUCGCCUCCCCAGCUGACCAUGGUUAAGAAAACAGCCACUGCAGAGGCCGAACUUCUAAGGCUGAGAGCCUGCAGGUCGAUUUAAACGUUUUGGGCAGCUAAAAUAAAGUGAUCUCGAUUAAUCGGUCACUUUUUGAUUUUAAAUAGGAGUACUUUAAAAAAAAGUCACCUUUAUUUGGUGUGUAAGGUGCUUUGAGUUGCUCGGGAAAGAGCAAAUGACUAAGGAAGUCAAUCAACAAGCAAACAAACAAAUAAGAUUUCCCUCCAAGGAGCUGGAGGUGGCAUACAUGGUUUCCCCCUUCCCCUUUUAUCCUCACAACAACCUCUGAGAUAGAUUAGGCUGAUAGACAGUGAUUGGAUCAAGAGCACCCAAUGUGGGGAUUUGAACCCUGGUUUCCCAGGUCAUAGGGACGCGAGUGGCGCUGUGGUUUAAACCACAGAGCCUAGGGCUUGCCAAUCAGAAGGUUGGCGGUUUGAAUCCCCGUGACAGGGUGAGCUCCCGUUACUCGGUCCCUGCUCCUGCCAACCUAGCAGUUCGAAAGCACGUCAAAAGUGCAAGUAGAUAAAUAGGUACCGCUCCGGCAGGAAGGUAAACGGCGUUUCUGUGUGCUGCUCUCGUUCUCCAGAAGCAGCUUAGUCAUGCUGGCCACAUGACCCAGAAGCUGUAUGCUGGCUCCCUCGGCCAAUAAAGCGAGAUGUGGCCGCAACCCCAGAGUCGGCCACGACUGGACCUAAUGGUCAGGGGUCCCUUUACCUUUAACUUCCCAGGUCAUAGUCUAGCACUCUGACCAUUUCACCGUACAGGUUCUCCUUCAGUUCCAUUCAAAAACUUGCUCACAUCACCUUGCAGGUGCUAGGCAUGCAGCUAACUCCACCAAUUAGCUAAAAACUAACCUUGUUUACUAACUAGUGGCAAAUAUUUCUUUAACCUGGGGAGAGCCCCUAUCGCUUCCUAGGAAGAUUUCCAGAGGGACUAGCCACCUUAGUUUCCUGCAGCAAAAGCAUAGACUCUUGCAACACCUUAGAGACCAACUAGUUUAUUAUGGCAAAAGCUUUUAAAGACUCAAGCCCACUUUUGUUAGAUGCAUGGAGCAAGAUUUUAGCUGUAAAUGAGAAGAUUGCAAGGUGGGAGUCAAAUGGCAAUGAAAUGGAAAAAAUACAGUCAGUGAUAAGUGUUUAAAUAUAUGUUAAACAGGCACACCUUUUACCGUAGCAGACUGCUGAUAACUUGCUCAGUGUUGCUGUAUUAACACAUGCAGUUGGGCUGGGAGCUAUUCCCAAGAAAUAGUCAUAGAUACCACAGAUAUCCUGGCACUGGCCAGCUAAUGAAGACACACAAUGUGAUAAAAAUCCUAUGUCUUGAUUUAGUGUUCAUAAUUCUUUGAUAAAUUCUGAUUCAGCUGUAGCCUUCCUAGGAAGAAUUAAUUAAUCCAAAGAGUUUAAUUUUAGAAUCAAGGCUUUCCUCCUUUCCAUUCCCAUUGCCACCCUUGUAGAAGGUUUGACAUUGGAAAAACCAUGCAAUGAAAUGUCUCUGGGGCAUGUGGAGACAGCAUUUAUCUCCCACUGGAGGGUCCGGGGUGGAGAUGAGAGCUAGUGUGCUGUUUGCUAGAGAAUUGAGAUACACCCCCCUCCAUGAUUUUUUUCCCUCUCACUCCUUUUCCACAUCUGCAAUUUGUGGAUAAUAAAACUAAUAAGACAGUGUUGCUGCAAGAAUUACCAAGAUAAUGUGGAGUGCUCUGAAUGCUCCAGAGCACUAUGUAAAUAGUAUCUGAUAUAACUGCCGCAGACGGCUGAAUUUCUCCCGGAUAUGCAUACUAAGUGUUCAGCAGCCACAGCUGAUGGGUUGGCCACACAUUUGAGCUCAAGGGGCUGGUGGGGGCAGGCCAGAAGUGGAGAUCACAUUUUAGUAGUCUCCUAAGGUCUCACGCAGUAAAAGACACAUGAACUGUGUAUGUCUGAAAUAGGCUGGGCCUUCUCCAAGUCACAUUUUUUAUGGAUCCUGCUGGUGACAACAGGUGUUGUUCCUUGGCCUUGGGACAGGCAGUAAGAGGAGCUAUUUGGAGGUGAGUCCUGGCACAGAACAGAUGCAGCCAGCCAGCAAGGCCUCUUCCCUCUAUUACACCCCACCUCCUCCUGCAAGGAGCUCUGAGUAGCAUAUAUGACAGCCCCACCAGCCAUUCUAUCUGCGCUACAGCCCCUUCAGGUAGGAAAGUUAGGUUAAGAAAGAAGGCCAGCACUGACAGAGUGGAGAUUUGAAACGGGCUCCCCCCGCUUCUCCUCUAUCUAGUAUACCCCAGGGAGGUUCAGCUGGUGCUUUUAUUAUACACCUUUAAAGGUAAAGGAACCCCUGACCAUUAGGUCCAGUUGUGACCGACUCUGGGGUUGCGGCGCUCAUCUCACUUUAUUGGCCGAGGGAGCCGGCGUACAGCUUCCGGGUCAUGUGGCCAGCAUGACUAAGCCGCUUCUGGCGAACCAGAGCAGCACACGGAAACACCGUUUACCUUCCUGCUGGAGCGGUACCUAUUUAUCUACUUGCACUUUGACAUGUUUUCAAACUGCUAGGUUGGCAGGAGCAGGGACCGAGCAACGGGAGCUCACCCCAUCGUGGGGAUUCGAACCGCUGACCUUCUGAUCGGCAAAUCCUAGGCUCUGUGGUUUAACCCACAGCGCCACCCGCGUCCCUUAUACACCUUUAGGUGCCAGGCAAAAACGUUCCUCUUUAACCAGGCCUUUGGCUGAUUGCCCUUUUAAAAUGUGUUGGGGAGGAGGGGCGUUAUCGGUUUGUUCUUGUUUGUAUUUUUUAUUAUUUCUUUUGUGUUUUUACAUUGUGCUUUUAUGUUGCUAACCGCCCUGAGACCUGUGGGAUUGGGGCAGGAAUCAAAUUUAAUAAAUAAAAAUAAAAUAAUAAUGUCCUUAGACAGGCAGCAGUGCUUCUGGAUUUCAGACAGGGGUCUCUCCAAGCCCUACCUGGAAAUGGGAGGGAUUGAGCCUGGGGCAUUCUACAUGCAAAGCAGAUGCUCUACCACUGAAUUAAGGACCCUGACCAGCCGAUGGACAUGAGUCUUGCACAGGUUUCCACUGCUUCCGGGAAAGUGCUGUAGCUCAGUGAUAUAGCAUCUGGUUUGCAUGGUGAAGGUUCAUGGUUCAGUCCCUGGCAUCUCCAGGUAGAACUAGGAAAGACUAGUUCUGAAACCCUAUGGAGCUCUGUCAAUCAGUUAGCUAAAUGGAUCAAUGGUCUGACUCUGUAUAUGGCAGCUUCCUAUUUCCAUGAAGCUUAUAAAGAGAGGAAGUUGUGACCCAGGUGUCUUACUAACCCUGUUUGCAUACAAAAAAAUGUGCAUUGAAGUGUUUAAUUUCUCAGCAUUGGCUUAUGUGUAGUGCAUAUUUACCAGGCACGGAAUACAAGAGAUCUUGGGGGAUACUUACUAAACAUGAUUUUAUUUAUCAGAUGGUUGUAAGAAUCACUGCAAUAAUAAUGAUGGCGAAACUUACCGGAAGAAUAAGAAAUCAAGAUAACAAACUUUUUAUAAAAAGAAUGGAAGUGGUUUAUUGAAUAUUUACAGAUAAAUUGUAAACAGAUAAAAACAUUAGCAGGAUUAUUGUAAUAACCUGCAGUUUUAUAAGAGUAUAUAUUUAUAGUAGAUAAUUAAACGAGCAAUUUAAAUGAACUUGGAUAUGCAAAAGAUAUUAAAAAAUAAAUUUAAGGAACCACAGAAAGAGUGGGGAGGAAGUCGGAUUCAGAAAUGUUAAAUUGACUGUAAAACUAAUGAAAUGUAUAAAUUUGAAAAGUAUAAAUAAAAAACUAAAAAAAAAAGAAUCACUGCAAUAAUGACUUGUAUCCAACCUAACUCAUACUCAGAGUAAACCCAUUGGAACAAAUGGGCCUAAAUUAGUUAGGUUCAUUCAUGUUAAUAGGUCUGUUCUGAGUAGGUCUGAUAUUGGAUUCAGCACAACGUAUAGAUCCAGUGUUAGUCAUAUGCAGAGUAGAUCCACUGACAUUAAUGAACACAAUCAAUUUAGGUCUAUUAAUGCCAGUGGGUCUACUCUGAGUAAAGAUCAGUCUGAAUUUAUAUCCCGCCCUUUCCCCAAUGAUCUCCUCAAUGAUCUCAGGGUGACAUAAAUGUUUUUUCCCCACAACAUCUCAUUAAAUUUCCACAACUGUGUGAGACAGGUUAGGCUGAAAGGCAGUGACUUGCCCAAGGUCAGCCAGUGAGCUUCAUGGGCAAGGAUGGGGAUGUGAAGCUUGGUCUCUCAGGUCCUAGUCCAAACUCUAACCACUAUGCCACACUGGCUCUCACUCUACCAACUACUGAUGGAGUGCAUGCAGCUGAUAAGAAGAUAAUCAUUAUUGGGUAAAAUCAACUAAUGGGGAACUGCCACCCAAUCCUUUUCCAAGAAAAUGUGUCCUAUUCCUCCACUCUGCUGGGCUCUGUAAUGAAUUCAGAAUGGAACCGAAGGUGUCCACAACACGUUUAAGUGGGUCCAAUUUAAGAAGAUCUUGUUGCAUUCACAUGACUGGGCUUAAGUGGGGGCUUCUCCCUAGCAACACAUGACACACUGAGUGAAUGCAGGCCAAAGAUACUAAGAGUUCCUGUUCAUUACAAAGGGAUCUGUAGAGGACAACUUUCCAAAGGGUGUUGCCCAUGGAUUCCCAUUUCCCAUCUUAAUUGUGUCAAGUGAAUUAUCUCUUUGAUGGACCUUCUAAUCAUCUGGGUUUUUAACAUCACUUUGUUCUCACCACUCCAUUUUCUCUAGAGGUCUGCUUCUAUGCGUCUAUAAAAUCAUGUUUGUCCGUGCUUAAAGUAGGGAAGGGAACAUAAGGAUGUAAGAAGAGCCUGGGGAAUCCAACCAGUGGCCCAACUAGUCUAGCAUCCUAGUGGCUAACAACUGGAAAGCCCACAAGCAGGACCUGAGUGAAACAGUACUCUUCCCACCUGUGAUUCCCAGCAAACAGUCCGCAGAGGCCAUGGAGUACCAUGGAGGUGGAAUGUAGCCACCAUAGCUAGUAGCUGUUGAUACCUUAUCCUGCAUGAAUUUGUCUUAUCCUCCUUAAAAAAACCCUGCUAGAUCUGGCCAAAGGCCAACCUAAUCCAGCAUCCUGUUCUCACAGUGGCCAACCAGAUGCCUGUGGGAAUCCCCAAGCAGGACUCAAGCACAAGAGCCCUCUCCCCUCCUGUGGUUUCCAGCAACUGGUAUUCAGAAGUACACUGCCUCCCACAGUGGAGAUAGAACAUAGCCAUCAGGUCUGGUAGCUCCUGGCCCUGCAGAAUCAUAGAAUCAUAGAAUUGUAGAGUUGGAAAAGACCCUGAGGACCAUCCAGUCCAACCCCCUACAAUGCAUGCAGCUGUCCCAAACAGGGAUCAAACCUGCAACCUUGACAUUAUCAGCACGGUGCUCUAACCAACUAAGCUAUGUCCUGUGCCAACUUGUUGAACUCCCAGCUUCUCAGCAACCCCAUCAUAGCCUAGGAUGAGCAAUGGAAGUGUUCUGAUGGAGGCCCACUGAAUUGUAUAGAAUUCUAGUCCUAUUUGGAGUAGACCCAUUGAAGUUAAUAGGCAUGACUAAUUUAGUUUCACAGCCAGUGUUGUGUAGUGGUUAGAGAGUUGGACCAGGACCUGGAAGACCAGGGUUCAAGCUGUCAGGUGGCCACAAAGCACCGUGGGUGACCUUGAGCUAGUCACUACCUCUCAGCCUAACUUACCUCACAGGUUGUUUGGGGGAUUAGAGAGUUUGGUGGGGGGGAGAGAACCAUUUAUGCUACCUUGAGCUCACUGAAGAGAAAGGUGGUAUAUAAAUGCAACCGACACAACUAAUUUCAAUGGGUCUACUCUGAGUUGGGUAAACCCCACAGGUUCCCUCUCUUAAAGGACUAGAUAUACCCAUAGGCAAGACAAGAGCUCAAGGAAGGGCUAUCAGCUACUUAGCCGCGAGAGCUAAAUAGAGUCUUCAUGUUUAGGGAGCCCUUGUCUUUGAAUACACAGACGCUGCGGAUGGACAAAGGCGGAACGCUGGUUGUGAGCUAGUAGGAGGAGGCAUCUGUCUGACCGCUUUUGGAAACAGGAUACUGGGCUCGAUGGAUCUUGGAUGUGCUCCAGCAGGGCUUUGGGCGAUAUUAGUCUGUUCAUAUGUUUUGGGGUUGCAGGAGCCAGAAACUCACGUAGGUUACUUCCUCCGUUUGUUCCUUCCAGACGCUCCUUUGGUUACUCGUUUGUUUCUGUCCCAAGAAGACAUCACACGCGUGUGUGUGUUAAAAAGCUAUCCAGCUUUCCUGUAACUUACUCUUACAUAUCCUUUGACACAGUCUCUGAAUUAUUGAUCGGGACAAUUUAGUGCAAGAGUCAGAAUAUUGUGUGUGUGUGAGAGGGAGCAACGCGUCGAUUUUCGAAGUUGCCUAGCUGGGGGAUGCAUUAUUUUUAGCCUAUAGACCUUGCAAUGGCGCCAGCCGCUUUCGAAAACCUCAUAAACCAUCGGACUCUAUGCAUAUAAUCUAUCUGGAUCUCUCUUUCUCCUCUCUCUAAUUCCCUUUCCCACCCUCCCCGCUCCCCUAAACACAGCCUGUGCCAAUAAAAACAUCUGGAUUAGCAUACAUUCCCAGUUCUUCCUUGUAAUCAUUCCUCUUACAUUGAUUAUUAGAUAUUGCAUUGGACAACUUCAUAACCGUUUUUGAACUAUGCUAUAUGGCUUUCUGCCCGGGCAGUCUAGCUAAUGUUGACUGCUACUUAAUUUUUAUGCUUACGGCUAUUUUCGAGGUGUGCCCCCACCUCCUCCGCAUACUCCAGUCACUUCAUUUUGAUAUUUUUAUUGGUGAAGGAUCUAGCCAACGUUAAGCAAUUUAAAGCCACGUUAAUGUCAACGCGAGAGAUUCAAGCCGCGCGCUUGGCUCUCUCUGGUUGAAAUCGACUAGACGAGCGCCUUCAAUCUUGUAAGCACAAACUUACCGUACAUACUUGGGACUCAGCUGCUGCGCUGAUGUCCUUGCCAUAGGAUUGCGCUGUAAAAUCCUAAACUUUUGGCUAAAUCGGGCUCCUCCCCCCCCCCGGUGUUUCGAUCGCUUUCGGAAUAAGGGAUCCUGGCAGCGGGCGCGCGUGCAGAAAGGUAAAAGGACUCAAUCCACCCAUCUAAUUUUGUGAGAGUGGCUGGAUUAUUAUAAACCCUUUUUACCCCGAUUCUAAACACAUAAAAAACCAACCACGCCAAAAAACAAAAAAAGCCAAACCUAAAGUCUAGUGAAAUUAGAAACUAAGUGAGAUUGACUGCCGAGUCUGCUCAUGCCAGUGAAUGCGAUCUCAUUGCCCUGAAAUUAAUGACCACAUUCCCAUUCAUAAAAUCCAACCGGAAUAAAUCUAAUGGAGUGGGGAAUUUCUCAUCCGCUACCCAUCCGCCCCCCCGCACCUUUUUAAAGCAAGUUAUAAAAUCUUAAUAGAAAUCUUAAUCGGGAGUUUGGGGAAGUUUUCUUUAAAAAUAAGUAGUAGUAGUAGUAGUAGUAGUAGUAGUAAUAGUAAUAGUAAUAGUAAUAGUAAUCCUCAAACAGAGACCAAACCAGGAUUUCUUACACGCCGAGGCUCGUUUGGAGGGAAGGCGCGUUCCCUUCUCACAUCUUUUAGACCCCAUAUGAUUUAUGAUUGCUAAGGAAUAACCCCAUUUACGUCCGAGUUACAGCACAGAACCCUGCACAUGUAUGCACAGAAAUAUGUGCCGUUGAGUUCCAGGGGGACCUAUUCCCAUGUAAGCGUGUGACGAACUGCAGACUCAGUAACUAGGGGAAUAGGAACUCGUCAGGUACAUCAUAGACAACGACAGGAGCGCCAACUUGGCCCCGCGGGGCAGAGACUGUGAGCGCCCGGGGCAGUGGGUGCCAUGCAACGUGCAUGGCUCUGGCAUCGAAAUUUGUGGGUGCCAGGCCCAUUCAUGGGGAAUUUUGUGGGUGCUGGGGCACCCAGGGCCCCAGGGAGUUAGCACCUAUGGGUAUCGAUGCAUUUAGCCUUGUUAUCUACUUUCCCUUGAUCUUUCCACUUGUAUUUCUUUCUUUCUUUUUAAUAUUGAUAUUGAGUUGCUAAGUCCUACUCCCAGCAGACCCACUCAAAUUAGUUGACUAAAGUUUGUCAUGGAUCAAUAGAAAUGUUUGCAGAAUCAAAACAAGGAUUAAAAAGGGGGUGAAAGAGAAGUCAAUGAUUAUGUCCCUAAAGCAAUACUCAGAGCAGUCCCAUUCAAAUAAAUGGACCAAUGUUAGACUGGACUCUAAGUUACGUCCAGUAAUUUCGAGUGGGUCUUCUCUGAGCAAGACUUAAUUGGAUAUAACCAAAUACUUAUAUUCUCCUGUUACGGGAAGAAUCCCAAUGGUGGGUGAGUAGAUAAGGGCCAUCUCAGGUUGACAGCAGGAAGCUGCAGCCUCAGAAGUUCUGAGACCAUUUAGCAUUCCAACAAUUCAUUUUAUCAGAAGGCAGGUGAUACUUCAUUUUACUAUUUGGCCGGUGAUCUGAUUCAAACUUAUCCUAUCCAUCUGUCUGUUUACCACAGUGUACCAUAUCUGAUAGGCUGUGUGUGUUUUAAAGAAUUGGCUCUAUUGAUGUUUUGCCUUCAUGGUUGUUGUUUAUUUAUUUAUUUGUUGCUGCUUUGUGUUUUACUGUUAAUCGCCUUGCACACCUUUUGGUGGAAAGGCGGGAGACAAAAUAAAUAAAUCUAUAUUAUCUCUCUCUCUUUCUCUUUCCCCCUUCCCCUUUCUCUAUAAAUGAUGGUGCUCUUGAAGGACACGAUUGUGUGCAAUUUGAUCUCCGGAACAGGACCUCUGUGUUCCUUUGCGGGUGAAUUUUGGCCUCCUCUCUGACACCGGGACCUCUGCCUAGAAGAAGCUCAGCGUAGCAGGCCCGCAAACAAAGACACAAAUCAAGAAGAUGGACCUCCCAUCCUAAACAUGUGAUCCCACCUUACAUGCCAACUCAACUUACUUUCCAGUUAAGAGCUGAGAUAUCCCAGAAGCAAGAGGCUGCUUUGUCCCGGCCUCCGGUGUCUACAGACUCAGUUUCCUGUAGACCCGGUACAACCAGGUCGACCAGAUUUUGUGCUGCAGACAGAGAGCGAGCGAGAAAGAAGGCGAAUGUAACUUAUCACCUGUCACCAUCGUGGCACACACAGUUCCUCCUAAGCCUAGUCACGGUCCCACAGACUCUCCCCCGCCCUCCGCCGAAGAGGACAAGUCGAGGGGUCCUUGCCGUGUCUCCCACCCAGCUGUAUCCCCAUCGCAGGCACUGAAGAAGGACAUGGUAACCAGGAGCCAGGACCAGUUGAGGAGGUCGACCUCCUCCUUCUCUUCUCGCUUCACCUGGAGGAGCCGAACAAAGGGGGCAUUUGAUCCUGUGCUCAGAUGAGCUGUCAACCGCUGCUGGUGUUUUGAAGCACGGCCAGUUAGGCAGCCGCUGCUAAGCAAUGGACUGAUACUUCAGAACUUUGGAGGUGGGGAGGGGGAAGGAGAUAUAAUCUGAAGUUGGGCGCGGGGGGGGGGAGGAACAGGAGACAUCUGUAGCUGGAGGACAGCGAAAACCCGGCGGCGCGGGGGAGGUGUUGGUGGGAGGAAAGGGGCUGCUGUCCAUAGAGGCAGGAGUAGGGGGAAAUUGGCAGGCAGGCGCAGGAUGGAGCCCGCCGGAUCGGCUGAACUAACGCCCAUCUUGUAGCCGAAGACACGUUUUCUCAAUUUGGGCACGGUAUCUAUUACCAUAUUGGGUUUCAAUUAAAGAGACAAUUAAAAAAAAAAAAAAGCUUGAGCUGGGAGGGACGAAAGAAAGAGAGAACGGAAAGAGAGAGAGAGAGAAAAGAAGGAAUAAAGAUGGAUGUCAGUUCCCCAACGCCGCUUAAUCCAAGUUCUUUCUUUUGCCAAAGACACAUUAAAUUAAUGUGUCGCGGGGGCUGAGGAGACAUCUCCCUAAUUGUGGAGAGUAGGAAAGCCAUCGGGGAGCCAAACGCGCCGGCUCGCUCGUUUCGAGGCCCUGUGAUCAGCGAUUGAUGGAGCACAGCCUGGCCAAGCCUUGUCAAUUACAGUUUAGGCUUAUACAUGAUGUAGUCAAUUUCAUCCAGGUUGGAGGGACGUCAUUUCCAAAAGCCCCGAAGUCUUCCGCCCCCUCCUCGUAUUCCUCCCCCACCAACACCCUCUCUUUUCGGCUCAGCGCUUUCCCUCUCUUCUUGCCGGGGUCCAACCGUGUCUGUUGCCUCGGAUACAAUUCCCCACAAGUACAGAUGGGGAUGGCCAGGCACAGAAAAAGUGCUGUCCGCCAUCGCCUCCUAUACAAUUAUCCUCCAGCAUCGUUUUACUUGGGAAAACCCCCCCCCAUCCUCAAAUGCAGUAAGCAGGUCAUUUGCCUCUCUGUUCACCUUAGAAGUUAGGGAGCUCUUAUGAACCUCAAGAGAAGUUAAUUUCGCAUGCCUUAAAAAAAAAAAAGAGGCAGUUUCUUAUUCUUCAAAAAAAUGGGUGCGUUUUCAAAGCUUUUCAUUUACAAUCUUCUCUCGCUACAGAAGGAAGGUCUGGCACGGGGCUGGGGGUGGGAGAGAUAAAAUUCGGAAUCUGGAGUCGUCUUUAACUAAGCAAUGCAGUACCAGAGGCAUAGGCUCAAAAAGACUGUCUUUUCUCCCAAGUAUUUUUGUAUCUGUCGAUUAAAAUCGCAGAGCCCCAAAUGAAUACUCGUGACUCGCAACACACACACACUUGACACGACGAACGUGCAUUUUAUUAAUUAAGGGGUUGCAUCUCCAGGUCUUGGGCUUCUUUUUGGUCCACGUAGUGUCGUACCCCCCCCAUUUUUUAAAAUUUGAAACCUAUUUUGUUAGUUCAUCUGUCUCUCUUCUGCCUGCACGGGUGGGGAAAUAAUAUAUUAAAAUACGGUGUUUAAAAUCGAACUACAUGCCAGGGGGUUGGGGUGCGGGGAGGGAAGGAAGGAUUUCAUAAACCACAUGUGCGAAAACAAAGCCAGAUUACAUUUUGUGGGGAAGGAAGCUAAAACGAUGAAAGAUAGAGAGAAAAAGAGAGAGAGAGAGAGAGAGAGAGAGAGAGAAAGAAAGAAAGAAAGAAAGAAAGAAAGCAAGCACGAAUGAGUCGUGCAGGGGCCGAUCCUGCGCUUUUUAAUCGUACUAUAUUCAAAGGAGUUUAGUUCUCAAAUGAAACAGAGCUAAACUUCCAGAAUUAGAUGGUGAGGACAGUCUUCAUCUCCGGAGUGGAGGUCUCUUUUCUCCCGAUAUAUUCUCCGCUGCUGAUGGCUGAGAUCGUUAGGCCUUAAAGAGGCUCGGGAGCCUGCGCCUUUGAACGCUCAAGAGCUUAAUUCGGAGCCGGGACGUCCAAUCUGGAGCUGUUUAAAACAGCAGUUUUCUGGACAUGUCAUCGGCAGGAGCGAAAAGCAGGAAUAAAAAUUUACUCCGGUCUUCCCUCCACCUCCCCCUCUUCUGGAGGCUGAGAGGGGAGAUAAUUCCUGGGAUGGCAGCGAGCUUGUCCUCACUUAAGAGUUUGUUAAGGCGCAGCGCCUCGGCGCUGCGGAGCCCUGGCUGUCCCCAGGGCGAAGCGAACAGACAGGCAGGCGGGCAGAAUUCGAAGCGACCCUGCAGCCAGCGGCCUCUGACUUUACAGCCCCCUGUCCUGACCAUCUUCGGAGCUGCAGGAACACGUAGCCCCAUCUUCGGCACGUAUAUACUCCUCGGAAGUAAGUUCCGCAGACUUCAGUGGCGCUUUGCUUUCAAGGCAAAUGAGCAGAGAAAGUAGUUCUAGAGUAUGUCUCCCUUUUUUUCUGACGAAAGGACACGAAUAUUUUCUUUGUUUCUCAUUUAUAUUUCCCCCUUUCUCCCCCCUCUUUUUUUUUUUUAACAUCCAAGACGUUCUCAAUAAAACCCUAUCAAACGCACCGACGAUAUACAAUGUGAUGUGCCCAUUAAUUAAGUCAGUGGGGCAACGCUCCAAUAUUUGUGGGUGUGGGUGUAAGUAAGGUAUACUUUAUAUACUGCGGCCAGCUCAGAUGUCUUUGUAUCACCGAGCACAACAAAGUUGCCUGGAAAUUCCAGUGGGAAACUCAGUAUGAAAUUGUGGCACCCAAACAACAACUACCCCCACCCCCCACCCCUGUGGGCGGUGGGUUAUGCAGGACACGUUCCUUUGAUUUGACUCUAUUUAGUAGUUUCCUGGGACUCCCCCCCCCCACACACUGUAUUUCUACAGUCUCUUUACUCUGGACUCCGGAAUCUAAAUCCCGAAGCACGAGACAUUCUAUAUUUUUCCGCAGAAGAAUGAAGGAAAGAUCCCACCCCUCUCCAGCUUUAAUUCUAAAUCUAGAAUUUUGCAGAAAUGGCGAGAAUUGGUCGUCCUAGACUGCAUACACGCAAUGCAUGUAAAACACACCCAGCUACCCCAAGAAUGAUACCCUGAGAAGCGUAGAUUGUUAAGGCUAUUGCUACUUGUCGCUCUGCGAGGGUUAAACUACAGUUCCCAGGUUCUUGGUGUGGGUGGGGAUUUGCUUUAAAUGUACAGCGUGCCAAAUUUCUUUAGGGCGUGCAGUCGCAGCGCUUUCCUGGAAAGCGAUCUAUUAUACACAGGUCGGUACACACGUGAAAGUAGGUCGAUUUUUAGACCGCAGAGCUCGGCAGAUCCCCUCAACUUACAGAAGUGUCCGUGAAAAAUACCCUUGAUUUCAAAACGAACGUGGGAAAUAGUUUCUUUGAAGGAACUCAGGGUUAGAAAAGUCUGUCUCCCUCUCUCCGCAACUCCUACGUUCCCACUGAGGCUAAGCAACUGCUCCCCAACCCCCAACAAAUGCAGGUUGUUUUAUUUUAAAUUUACUUCUUUCUUAAGAAGGGGUGGGAGAGUGCUGUGCUGGUGCAAAUAGGCAGCGACGCCUCUCUUAUUAUUUCCACCAUCCUCACAGCGUUGCUAUUAUUUUCUUUCUGAAAUGGGACUUCGUUUAUCCCAGAAAGUCAGAGGUGGAAAGCAUAAAGCCGGCCGCCCUGCGGAGUUGAAAGGGACCUCUUGUAAUUCGAUUUGCCCAACGCCUCCUAAUUUCACGACGUCUAGAAGAGGGAAUCGGGGAGACGUGGGCUUGCGCCUUGGCCCCGCGUUCCUUCCCCAACCCCGGGAAAAACCACUACCAAGGACCCACUUUAAUGGGAAGACUCCAUUCACCCCACUCUACCCCCACCGAUCUACUCUGAGCCCCCAUCACCCCCUCCGGACCCCGAGCACGUCGCAAGCCAUUAGGCUGCCUGCGGUAAUUACCGUCCGGGUAAGGUUCACUGCAACAGGCAGACGGCGAUUCCUGCCUUCGGAUUUUUAUUUUUAUUUUAUCCCCCCCCCCUAUUUUUGCAGGAGGGGUGUUGGGAACAUUUAUUAAACCCAGAUGAUCCUCGGGGUUUGGGGGCCAUAAGGAAACGAUUUACAAUUAAGCCAAUUGGAACCGAAAUGCAGUCUUUUCCAAAAUUUUCUUGCAGGUGUAAAUAAUGUUUCCUUCAAGGGACGGGGCCGUUCAGGUGCCCCUUUGCUUUGAAUGUCCCUCCUCUUUCUCCCUCAUUUGGCCCAGCUGAUCUAGAGAGGCAACCCCACCUUUGGGACGUGCGUUUCUCGACGGGACGUCUCCGAUAGAAUUUUCACACACCUGCAGAAGACCCAUCUAGUCCUCUCACACAUUAAGUCCUAGUCCUCCCGAGCCGAUCUUAAAACACGCGAUUUUGGACAGAGGGACCCGUGGGUUUCAAUGGAGCUUACUUUCAAGUAAGUGUACUUAGUUAUUAUUACUUAGGUAUUAUUAUUGAUGCUAUUACUUCAUCAGUAUGCAUGGUGCUUUAUAAGUCCCCCCACGGCUUGGGUGCUUAAUUGGUAUCCACUAGGAUACCAUUACAGUAUUGUGGGUCAAAUUUUAUGGUGCUCCCUUCCAGCUGAGGUCAAAUGGCCCCUUCCCUGUUGAACUCCCAGCUACUGAAUAAUAAUAAUAAUAAUAAUAAUAAUAAUAAUAAUUCAAACAGGCAUUUUAAUAGAAUUUUGAUUUUAUAGAGUUUAUUUUAAAACUCUUUUUUGUUUCAUUGGGGACAACUGAGACUCUUGUACAUGGCUUAGAGAAGACGGUCAUUAAAUAGUAUACAAAUGUGCCAAAAUAAAUGAACAAAUAAAGUCCAAUAAGAUAGGUCUGUGCAGGAAGAGGGCUAACCAAUUAAACAUUGCACACACGAAGAGAACAGAGGAAAAGAAGGGAAACUGAGGCAGGGGGCUGAGCAGGGAAAGAAUAUGGAUUAAUCUGAAAUACAGAAUUAUUUGAAUCAUAUCACCAUGAGUUUGGUUACAGUAGGGUAUAGUGAUUUAAGAGGGUUGAACAAAGGAAGGGGUCGGUGGGUUAUCACUCAGAUUCCAGAAAGCACUUUAGCAAUCUCCCCCUUCCCCUUACACACACCAUGUUAAAAGUUGGGCCUACCAUGUUGCUUUCCCACUAAUAUGGACUGAGAGUAAAUAAAAAAACAGCCAAAGACCAGACUUCUAUGUACCUUUACUUUGGAGUAAGCCACAAAGACACACGGAGUCACUAUGCAUAGGGGAUCAGACAAUGAGGAAGGAAUGCUUAAAUUCCUAGGCUCAAGUUGCCUGAGUUCUGAGGAACUUGGGAAGGAAGCCAAACAUCUUUACUAGUUUGCUUUGGUAUUAAGAACCAUAAACUUCAAAGUAACUUUUAAUAUAUUACAGUUCUUUCCCAUGCAGCACCAGGUCAAUCUCGAUGUAAUGCUCACCACAGCCCUGUGAGGUAGGCUCUGGAGACAGAAAGAGAGAGAGAGAGAGCUUGUUUGACUAGCACAAGGUCACCCAGGGAACAUCCAUCAGGCCUGAGCCGGGAUUCAGACAUGCUGAACCAGAAUCAACAAUCUGAUCACUUUCACCUAGCUGUAAGCUAGCCAAUGAUGCUGCCCCACACAGACCUUGCCUACUUGUGACCAUCAUUUAAAUAAAGCAUCUCCAUCUUCAGACACCUCAAAGUAUAUUUUAUCUGCUGUUGUCACACUAGAGCUGGUUGGGAGUUCCGGCUUAGCCUUGCUGUUCCUUUUGAAAGCCUGCCAUGAUUUUACUCUGUUAUUCUCCAUUUCAUAUUACUGGGUUCAAAUUAUAUGUUGGAGGCGAUCUGCAGGUGGAGAGAAUUGCUGUUGCUCUUGGGUCCUGUUUGUUGGUUCGCCAUGGGGUAUUUUGUUGGCUGCUGUGAGAACAGGAUGCUGGACAUUAGAUGGGCCUUUGUCCUGGUCCAGCAGGACUCUUUUAUAUUCUUUAAAGGGUGUUGGUGAAAUAGCCUGAAAAUAAUAACCAAGCUGCAGACUGAAUAAUGGAGAUGAAGGGAUGUUUCCUCAUCUAGACUCAUGGUGGACCUUAGCUGAUGCUGGAGGUGGAGUAGGAAAGUGGGUGCAAUUUGACACAGGUCUCAUUGAAAUCAAGAUGAGACACAUCAUUUGAACCCCAGAUGCUUCAACAACCAGAUUGUAGACUGGGAGGAAGUGAGGCCUAGCAAGAGGAGUCUUUGGGGUAAUUCAGGAAUGGUCAGGGAUGGGAUCCUUUUCAUGCUAAAAGGAGAUUGGAGGUUCUGAGACAGGUUAGCUACCCAUAAUGUUGCCAUCUGAUUACACUGUAUGCACUUACACAGGACCAAAGCCCAAAUGAACACCGUGGGACUUACUUCUGAGUAAAUAUACAUAGGCCUGUGCUGUAAAAGAGCCCACCUUUUUCUCAAAAGUUUCAAUAAGAGAUUUUGGGGGUUGGUUUCAGGAAUAUCCUUCCUUCUCUCUCAACUUUAUUUUUUGCCACAAAAAGAAUAUAUAUAUGGUACACAACACAUACGUUCUUUAAAUUACAGGAAACAAAGGAAUGAAGAAAUGGAAGAAUAUUCUCAGUACAUUUUCAUAGAAAUUGAUGUUAACUCUGUGAUGUAAGUCAGGAGGGUGAGCAGUUUCAGCUCUGAAGGGGAUCUUGCCGAGGUUAAGUGCUUUGUCCUUGCCCCAACAAUUUCAGUGGGAAGAAGAUAAGCAAUGCCUGCGAUUAAUUCCCUUCCCUCCCUCUCUCUUUGAAAGGAUGAGCUUUAAAAGGGCUUAAUUUGUUUCCUAUCAUGCCCUUAAAUUCUCCCUGCAAAUCUAAUAAACAAACAGCUCUUGGGUUACACACUAAACCACUUCCCAUUUUUCUGGGUGGCUUCUCAGGGCUCGGAGGUUCACUUACCAUUAACUCUGAGGUGGAGAAAAGAUUAAUUCCCCAUGCUGGUCAGGUUAGUCAACCACCGCUUUGAUAGUGUCUGAUGUGGCUGGAGUAUGGCCCUCCAGACCUCCCUAUCUGGCCCUUGGAAUUCUAAGGUUGCUUAGGCCACACCCCUCAGUAACCCAAAUUCGUAUCUGGACCAACUGGAAUGUACCCUUGAACUUCCUAUUACUGAAAAAAGACAAAUUUGACACUGGUCGCCCCACCCACCUUUGCCUCUGGCCCCGCCCACUGCUGGGAUGCAGCCUUCGGAUGGCUGCCCAGAAGAAGUGAAUGUGGCCCAUUGGCUGAAAAAGGUCAUCUACAGGCCUCAGUCAGGGUAAGAGAGGAAAGAGCCUGCUUUGGGAGAGACAGGCUGAGCCUGAUGGUCUCUUGGGCUCUUUGCAGGUCUCAGAUUCUCUGACACAGAUUGUUGUAUUCACACGUGCAGAAGGCUGGGGACCCAUUGAGAGCUGGCGAGUCUCUGUGCUUCAGGACCUCUGUGAUUCUUCUAGAGUAUAUACAUCUCUAGUUAUAGGUCUAAAAAUUCACAGCAGUAAAUAAUCUUCAAAUAUACUGCUUUCUCUGCUUUAAGUAUCAGAGCUGGCCUUUCUACCAUAUUGUGAACUUUAUCCCCACCCUCAGCCAAAUCUCUUCCCUGUCACUAGAACCUGAAAGGGACUUUAAUCCACUGCACUGAAAUCAACCGAAACUUUCCCACGGAAAUCAGGGGUUAUGUGUCGCUACCCUCCGGACCCCUGUUCCAUUAGAUCUGCGCCUUUUCCUGCGGGAUCCUAAGCGCGUUUACACGGAAAUAAAUCCCGCGGAGGGUAGGGUGGCUGGGUGGGGAAGGCUUUCUCUAGAAGAUCCUGGGCCUUUGGCUGUUUCUGAGCUCGAGGGACGUGGAGCCGGAUGCUCACAUCUGCUGAGAAGGCUCUUGUGUGUGCGUGCUUGACUCCCCCCCCCCCCUUUUAAGUUCAUUACAUGAAGAAGCAUCGUUGUUCCGGAUUGCACCGUCCUGGGCGGUUAUCUCUGCCAGAGCCUGACAUGUACAAACACUCAAACAAGCCUCGGAAGGCUACAAAGCCUCGGAAAAUCCGGAGGAGCCACAUAAAAGCGAAGCUAAGUAGGAAGUGGUGUAAAAGGCCUUGUCGUGCAGUUGGCCUGCCCUCCCAGAUGUUCUGCAUAAAAAUAAGAAAAAUAAAAAUAAAAAAUCCCUCUUUAAUGAGGGUGAAAGCCAGCGGUGAACGCUGCGUGAACCAGAGAAGGCGGGUCGGUGGGGCACAGAUGUUGCAGCGCGCAGGCGCAAUGUCAGCAACAGUGCAAGGGGGGCUUCCCUGGCUCUGCCCAUCUCACCUGCUCUUGCAGAACCUUCGCCCGGCUUCUAGAAUCCCCUGGGGGAUUCUUACUCCGCCACUGGCCGCUGGAGGGCGCCCCAGCGGCCCACAAGACGUGCACGUACACGGCACGCUGCACCUAG